AUGAGUUCAAAUCCGAUUGAUUUUAGUAGCAGCCUCACGCCACGCGGAAGAAUGAGCCUGCAAGAUAAUGAGAACUCCACCUCCUCCAGCGGAGGCCCUCUCGGCACCGUCCUUUCUGUAACAACACAGACGCGGUCCAUGAAAAUGCCGGGCAGCACGAGCAGCUCAAGUCUGAGGACAUCUCUGCAAGGGGUCAAACUGCCUAAACGACGUUUUUUGCCUGCGGCGGAAGACGAUCCGGUGAUGAAUCGUUUGCAGUUCCGCUACGCGACAAAACCAAAGGAACGGAUGUAUGCCAAAGUACCAACGGCCGUGAAUCGCUUAACCGCGAGUGCGGGAGGGGAGUUGCGGAGUGAAGUGGAGGCUUCCACAGCGGCCAUCCAUCAGGAGACUGUGGGAAUGCUCUGCAGAAACCUCCCGCUGAUUGCGGAUCCUUCCAGCGAAAUAGAAGCGGUAUUGGGGUCCAUCGAAACGGAGCGUCCGAAGAAGACAGCGAACUUGGAUGAUCGCAUUACUCCCCAAACUCUCUAUAAGCUUCUGCAUACAGGGCGUGCCUUGGCCUCUAAGAUGGCCUCGAGGAGAAAAGCCCAAGAAGUAUUGGAAGAUCUGAAAAAACUUCCUAAUACGAAGUUGGAUGAUCUACGCACACAAGUAACACGCUUGGAGCCCCCCUAUGUGGAUCAAAUGCUGCAAGCAAAAGUGUUUAACAGACCACAGAACGAUGAAGAUUUGAGACCACGUGAGGCAUUCCCUAUUACUUUGCUGGACACUGAAGAUAAAAAAUUGAACUUGCGGUCAGAACAGGAAUUUCAUUCUCACGUUUUGGCGCCACCUCCCACACGCAAAGAAAAUAGGGAAGUAAGACACAAAUUGUCUCUUUUCUCUCCUUCUUCACAUGCAGGAGAUUCCCCUGAAAACGUGGCGGUUGCCUUAAAUGUGCCGUUAACACUUUCUACCGGCAUGGGAGAUGAUACCGGUAUCAUUGAACAAUUUGUUUCCUAUGCCUCCGCACGACGACGACCUGAAAUUGGUGGUGGUGUGCAUUCAGAUACAGUGGCUGGCAUCCCACGUCCUCAUCCGUCAUACAACCCCGUCUUUUCCGCAUUAGAUGCCGUACUUGCUGUAAGUAAAGAAUAUGAAAAGGUCCAACAAACAUGGCCUGGGGCCAGUACACGGCAAAUGAGUGCCUCACGUCAAGCCAUCAUUGAUCGUAUUGCAUCGUGGGAGUCUUCACGCAUUCCACGUUCUCUGUGGGUGACCGUUAGCGAUCCCACCUUCCCUGGCUCUAGGCUUCAUCAGUUAGAUGAGGAUGCCUCGAGUGGCGCUCCCAAAAGGAGUUCUAUUGUGUUUCCUGCAGUCAAAGCUACCGGUCGCGCGCAGGUGUAUCUACUUGCAGACGCCCUGGAUCGUAUGUUUCAGGAGAUUCCAGACACCCUCGCUGUGUUGGCAGACAGGGAGACUGCGAAAAUUCUCUUGCCCGAGGCGCCAGAAAACGAUGGCCCCAUUGUAUACAGGGAUUUAGCGGAUGUGGAAAGGAUUAUGGACUUAAAGGCCUUACAAGAGUCGGAUUCUGCCCAUCGGAAAUACAUCGAGGCCGCAGAGAAAGUCAUGGAAGUUGUCGAUGUGGGUCUCGUUGAAAUUAUACGGCAGGUGGCCGGUUCAUGCAAGGAGCGUGGUGCCUUAUUGGAUGUCCUUCGCCUUCUUAUCAAGGAUGUCAUCUCAAGUUGCCUCUGGCUUAUUGGUUAUUGUAAGGAUCAGGCUCGACGUGAGGCAAAAGCACGCCGUGAACUAAUUCAGGCCUCUAAACAGGAUGUGGAGGAAGUUAUGAUGUUGCGAGAGGAAGUGAGAAAAAGGAAACAAGAGGAGGAGAUAAUGCGUGGCGCCAAUGCUGAGCUUGAGCAGAAGGCUUCCAAGUACGAUACCCUCAUUGAUCGUCUGAAGUUGAAGGACAAGAAUUUUUCGCGACACCCGGUUCAUAAGCAUCUGCGUCUUUUGAUGGAAUUGGAGGAGGAUUAUACAAAAAUGACAACAAAGGGGCUUGAAGAAUUAUAUAAGCGUCAGAACGCACAGCCCAGUGAUGAACCGAAAGUAUAUGAUGCUCCCACAGCACACAUGAAUAGUGUGAGACAGGAAGAGCAACAAAUUUCACAGGAAGAAUUAUAUACAGAGUCCUAUCGCCUUCUUGCCGCAGUAACAGAGGCGCUGCGGGUGGUGGACGAGACAUGUGAGCCACUGUACGAUCGUAUUGCCUUGCCGCCCCUCGGACUGACGUCAAAGGUAGCGUCCAUGAGGUGGGCGGAGAUUGCCAAUGCUGUGGGCUCCUACGAGGUUGAGAAAAAACACCGUCAACACGUGUUUGAGUUGUUUGCACGGUGGAAUGAGAUGCAAGGGAAAUCGGGUGCCACCUCCGCUCAACCGUCGGGUUUGGGCGGGGAGAUAACCGAUUCGGAGGCCCCUCAGUCCCCGGAUGAGAAGAGCCCACACAAAAAAGCAACGCCUUAUGAACUUCAGACGUUAGGCCUGGAGGCGGAAAUGACGGAUGAUCCCAAGAAACGGGUCCAGUUUAUUACAAGGAAAGAUCUUGCGGACAUGGGCGUGACGGACUGUUCGCCGGAUGAGAUUAACGCGAUGUAUAGUCCCGAUUUUGAUAUUGCAGCGUUCCUUCGAAUUGAGUACAAUCCACCCGGUGAGUACGAAAUGACCCCAAAAAUUCUUCGGGACAUGGUGCACGACGUAACGGAGGUGUUGCGGCACAUUACACUCCGUAUGAAUGCUCUCGCAAACAGCGGCUUGGUCAAGGAAGGCGUCAAACCGCCUCUGCAAGCGCCUGCGCAUCCAGAGGACGCAUGCAUGCUUUGUGGUCGACGGGAUCGCGUGGCGAUGGAAAGGAAGACCAGAAGUGAGACAAUGCAACGGGUGGCAGGCGAAAUUCAACGGCGUUACGAUGAGAUGGUCAAGAAGUGCCAGAGGGCGGAGUCGGAGCGGGAAAGUUACCGCAGGGAAAUUCAGCGCUUCCAAAUACGGGAGAAGAAACAAAUUGAGGAGUGGGAAAUCCGAGAAAAUGAGUUGCGGCAGGAAAAUGCCGCGCUCCUGGAGGAAAAUCGGCGGCUGGCGCAGCAGGCAUAUUCAGCAGGGACCUCCUCGGGGGAUGUUGAGACUGAGCAUGGCACCGUGGCAUUUGUGCGGAACCGCCUUAUGUCGGAUGCCAUGUCGUUGAGCUCUGAAGAAUUUACGAGUGAAUAUGGGGAUGGGGAUGAGGAGGACGAGCAGAGUGGCCCGCCUGAUCAGUCCGACAAUGCUCCUUGGUAA